AUGGCAAUGUCAAAUCUAUACUCGAAGAUCUCUACCAAGCCAAUGAAGCGUUUUCAGGAUAACGUCGCGGUCAAACACACCAAUACCUGGAUGAACGCGGAAUCUCCUAGUAAUACAUCAGAUUCACCACCAUCAGUAAGUCCACUUUCUUCGUCUAUUGUACUACAACGUGAAGGAACUACAGUGAAUCAGCCAUUGAGUGCACCUGCAUCACCUUUGUCUUCCUUAUCAUCACCCGUGACCCAGUUCAAUUUACCAUCACCCGGAGACUGCACCCAAGAUCCCAAUUGGCAAGCAACAAAACCUACAGUUCGAGAACGAAACGCAGCCAUGUUUAAUAAUCAUCUUAUGGCCGAUAUUAUAUUUAUUGUUGGUAGCCCAGGUCAUACACAAACAAUACCAGCACAUAAAUAUGUUCUUGCUACUGGCAGUUCUGUAUUUUAUGCUAUGUUUUAUGGAGGAUUACCAGAAAAUAAAGAUAUAGAAGUGCCUGAUGUUGAACCAGCAGCUUUUCUCGCACUGUUAAGAUAUAUGUAUUGUGAUGAAGUGCAACUAGAAGCAGAUACAGUUCUGGCAACAUUGUACGUUGCGAAAAAAUAUAUAGUUCCACAUUUGGCACGAGCAUGCGUCAAUUAUUUAGAAACGAGUCUUACGGCAAAGAAUGCUUGCUUACUUCUGAGUCAAUCUCGUCUUUUUGAAGAACCGAAUCUUAUGCAACGUUGCUGGGAGGUGAUUGAUGCACAAGCAGAAAUGGCAUUAAGAUCUGAUGGUUUUGUGGAUAUUGAUAUCCAUACGCUCGAGUCUGUCUUAUCUCGAGAGACGUUAAAUUGCAAAGAAAUACACAUAUGGAAUGCUGCAUUACGAUGGGCUUCUGCAGAAUGCAUACGGCAAGAUUUUGAGCCUACUUCAGCUAAUCAAAGGCAAUUGUUAGGAUCUGCUUUGUAUUUAAUUAGACUUCCUGCUAUGAAUCUAGAAGAAUUCGCAAACAGCGCAGCACAGACAGGAAUCCUAACACAUCAAGAAACAAUUGACUUGUUUCUAUAUUUUACAGCCAGCAACAAGCCACAACUUUGUUUUCCUACCAAAUCGCGUCAAGGAUUAAAAACUCAGGUUUGUCAUAGAUUUCAGUCCUGUGCGUAUAGGUCAAAUCAAUGGCGAUAUAGAGGUCGUUGUGAUUCAAUUCAAUUCAGUGUCGAUAAAAGAAUAUUCGUGGUGGGUUUUGGAUUAUAUGGAAGCUCGUCUGGUGCUGCGGAUUAUAAUGUCAAAAUAGAACUUAAGAGGCUUGGAAAUAUUCUAGCGGAGAAUAAUACUAAGUUCUUUUCUGAUGGUUCGAGUAAUACGUUUCAUGUAUAUUUCGAGAAUCCGAUUCAAAUCGAACCAGAGUGUUCGUAUACAGCAAGUGCAAUAUUGGAUGGUGGGGAGCUGAGUUUUUUUGGUCAAGAAGGUAUGUCGGAAGCGACAGUUGGCAGUGUAAACUUUCAAUUUCAGUGUAGUUCUGAAAGUACCAAUGGUACUGGAGUUCAAGGUGGACAAAUCCCUGAAUUAAUUUUUUAUGGACCGCCGUCCGAUGAUUGACGGAAAUUUAUAAUGGAAUUUAUAGUUUAAUCAUUAAUUUACAACAAAAAAUAUUCAAACAUUUGUUUUGAAUAAAAUUCGUAAAUAAAGUUCUGAAAGAGAAACAUAUAUUUAGUAGGUAUUGUUUAAUCUGAAUAUUCAAAUUUAAAAUUGAGAAAUAAUUUUCAAAUAUUCAGUAUUCAAGAAUAUACUCAUUUCUUUUUGACAAAAAUACUUUUUAAAAAAUUGUGAAGAAUAAUAAUUAUGAAUAAAUAAAACAAUGUUAUAUAAUAUUUUGAUAAAUAAUUAUUAUUGUUCUGCUUACAGAACACAGAAUA